AGCUAACUUUAGUUGUCUCGUUCUUGUCUAAACUCCAAAUCCUCGAUUCUUCUUCUUCAUUUUUGUUGAGAGGCCUAGUCUUUGUUAGCAGCUCAAAUUCUAGAAUGGCCAGUCGGCCGUCUCCGUCGUCUCCACCGUCGUCUGCUUCCAACUCCGACCACUCCCCCACUCAACCCCCCUCUCUCACUCCCACAAAUCCGCACCCACAGGCCGAGGCUGGAAUCAACAAUGGGGUUCUCAAUGUCGACGAGAAAAAGCCUGCAUCUUUUGAUGAGCUUCAUACCGCAGACCACAUCCAGAAGUUCAAGAAGUAUGAAGCUGACUACACUCGUUGGUUGACUGCAAAAUACUUCUCCAAGAAAACUCUUUAUGGAGGCAACAUAUUUGAUGAAAAUAUGAUAAUACAGGAUGAGGUUAUAAAGUCAAGCAGGUGGCCUUGUACCAGGUCAUAUGCAGACCCAGUGCAGGGCUUUGAAGACCAGACCAGCAGCUGCUCACCUUCUACAACUACAGCCGAAACCUCACCUAACUUAUCAAAUGGGAAGCAUCCAGUAAAGUAGAGAAGUUUGUUUCAUGGUUGUGUUCUUACAUUUUUGAGGAUCUAUUCAUAGGAUUUUGUACAUGGACAAAUAUGUUUUGCAUGCUAACUGAAGGACAUGGCCCACAAAAUACUGAAUAUCUCUAAUCCAGUUAUUAGAAAUUUCUCUCAUCUGUUAUUAUUUUUA